AUUUCGGUUCUAGUUCCACUCUCAAUUUUUUAAUUUAAAACUGUGCGCGCGAUUUUACCGAUUGGCCGAAGUUUCUAAUUUGCCUCCAAAAUGUUAGCUUGAAAAGAUGGCUUUAAUGUUUUUGCAAGGGAUUGAACCUUUUUGUGUGUUAUAUGUCUGUUCAUUGUGUAUUUUUUGAGUCCAUUUUAUUCCGCCUACGACAGUUUAUCGUUGUGAGAUGCUUUCGUGACGCUAAAUAGACUCGAGUGAUUACGGUGCGCGAAAAGGUGUGACCGAUAUUAAAUACAACAUCUGCGUUGCAUUACUAAUGAGGCUGUUUAAUUAAUUCCGCAGAUUAACCUUACGGCAUAAAAACGACUCAAUGUUUCACAGUUUGCCGUUUAAUAUAUUAUUUUUUAGUAAUUCUUACGGUCAUGUGAGCACUUGAUUUGCAUUGUAAAUAUAUAUAUAAUGGGCAUUUCCUAAGAUUAGUAAGGCAAUUUUGUCGUCUGAAACUUCUAAGCACCACGAAAAAUGAGUGAGACGACUCCGAUAAAUGAUGUGUCUGAAAGCAAUGGUGCAAUGGAGCAGCAUACUUACAAUGGGGAUGUAGAGGAACAUACUACUAAGUCUCCAAUAAGUAUAGAGGAAAAAGCACCCGAUUCGGUAUACGAUAAUGGUGUGAAGAAGAAUACUGGUACCGGCAGUAGCAGUAACACGCCAAAUAGAGCCAAGAAACGCAAGAAGGCUCCAAGAGAUGCUACUGCGCCUAAACAACCACUCAGCGGUUAUUUUCUGUUCUUAAACGACCGAAGGGAGAAGGUCCGAAGUGAGAAUCCAAGUUUAACGUUUACAGAGAUUACAAAACUUCUGGCUUCGGAGUGGAGUAAACUGCCAGCUGAUCAAAAACAGCAAUAUUUGGACGCAGCUGAGUUAGAUAAGGAGCGCUACAAUCGUGAGUUUAGCGAUUACAAACAAACGGAAGCGUACAGACUGUUCAACGAGAAACAAUCGGAGAGACAAAAUGAAAAUAAAAAGGAAAGAAACGGCACUGACAUAAAUGCCGAGCAGAAUGACAUCCAGCAAGACAAGGACAACGACUUCACAGGGUUUGACAUUCCUAUUUUUACAGAGGAAUUUCUGGAUCAUAAUAAAACCUGUGAGGCUGAAUUGAGACAAUUGCGGAAAGCUACAUCGGAUUACGAAGCUCAGAAUGCAGUUCUCCAGCGACACGUCGACAGUCUGUAUGCAGCGGUGAAUCGUUUGGAGUCGGAAACUAAUCAGCAACGAACGACCAAUCAGACUCUACAGCGUCAUUUGGAUUCUCUUCGUUCGCAACUGGCGGGCUGCUUCGCCACCAUACCGCUUCCAGGCACACACGACGGUGCCACGUUACAAAAUAUCGACGGUUACUUCGAGAGGCUAGAGUCCUUGCUGAACAGCAACGCCGAGCAGAGUCUACGUAACGCCAUACGUAAUGCCGUGUCCCGUCUGGAGUUAAUUGGAUGACGAUCGCCUCUGAGCAGUACAACCAGUACGUCGUUGAAGCACCAUCGUUCAAGGCAUUCACAUCGAAAGUAGCGAAGAGAAUUUAGGUGUGUUAUUUUCUUGACAAUUUGUAAAUUCCAUUUUUCUUAUAUUCUCGAAAUAGGUGAUUUUGCGAUUUGAGUGAACUUACUUGUGCAUGAUUAUAUGAUUUGCGGUACCCCUGUGUAGUACAUGAUAUCGGUAUAUGACAAUAAUUUGCAUUUUUAUUUUGUACAUCGGUUUUGAUGCGAAUUUCUCAUUUCGAAUAUGAUAUAUAAUAUGUAUAGCGAUAAUUUAAAAAGCUUCUGCUGUAUCUUAACUUCGUAUAAACUUAAGUCGAUUUUCUGUACAUUGAAAUAGUUACAUAUCCGUCGAGUUCAAAUAUCGAUUGAAACCCAAUGUUUGAUCUCGGUCUGGAAGUUCAAUGACUUUGAACGUCAUUAUUGAGUAUAUAUUUAGCAUUUAUUAAUAAAUUUUUGUAAUCUCGUCACA